AUGCGGUUCCUAUUCGCUCUAGUCCUCGGCGUGCUCCUGUGCCUGCUCCUGGCUCAGGAGGGCAGUAGUACCACAACUACAACCACAACUACAGACGCGACCACAACUACAACUACCACGGCUUCAUCCGACACCACCACCACCACCACUGACUCCUCCAGCACCACCACGACCACUGCCUCCUCCUCGUCCUCUUCCUCGGCGGAGGCCAAGAGGCGCAGACGUGCUCGCCGCCGUCGCCUGGCUCGUGAGCGCCGGCGUCGCCAGGAACGGAGGCAGCGCCAGGAAAAGAGGAGGCGCAGGAUGGAGCAGCUGCUUGCCAGGCAGCGCCGCCUGAUCAAUCAGCUUCAGGGAUAGAUCAGGCCGAAACCAAACGUUUCUUGCAAAAUAAAAAUAAAAUUGUAAAAACACUUUUUUUACUUUUAGAACUUUGAUUAAUCGUACAAUGUCAAGUUUUA